AUGGGAACGAACCCAAAGAGGACAGUGACAGUCCAGAUGGUGCCUCAGCUGGCUGUGGUGGACACGCUGGGCAAUAAGGAGCCUAAUGCCAACUGGGCUAAAGAGCCCAACCUCAAACUGUCUCAGGUUUGUCCAAACCCCGCCCUCACGUCCCCUGACCACCAACAGGAUAACUUACCUCUGACUGCUUCUCCUGCUAACCCCAUCCCACAUACCCAGAAAACAGCGUCCAAGGCAGGUGAGCCGGCUAGCAGUGCUGUGUCAGACAAACCAACUAAUGGAAACCAGACAAAAUCGGAGCUUGUGACAGGCGGAGACCAAAAGAUGCCAGACCUGUCUCUAACAGGCCAAGGUGGGGGUGAGGCAGGAGGCAACCAGAGGGAUUCUAAUGCUAAUAUGAAAAUGCUAAGCCUGGCUGGUGAAAAGGAAAUCUGUAAGGCAGAUGUGUCGCCUGCUCUUUCAGCGUCAAAGGUCGACAUGCAGACCAAUGACUGCAGAAUAAAAGGGCCAAGUGCAGUGCAGGAGGAGGGUGCACAGCUGACAUCCUCAGCCUCCGCAGCCACAGCACGAGAGGACAGCAAAAAACACCUUUCUCCAAAGAAUAGAAAUCUUAACGACGCCUGUGAAGUAAGACACACAGCGUCGGAACCACAACACGAUAAUAAAGGGAGUGCUUCAGCUCCCAUAAACAAGGACGCUGCUGUACCACAGAAAUCUCAAGAGCCCGAUCAUAUACGUACCUGCUCACAAAGCUCUGCUAGUCUGCAGGAGACACCCAAACCUCAGCAAAGCGUGGAAACUACUGCAGCUCCGCUUAGCUCCACCACACCUCCAUGUAAGGGCAAAGAUGCAGAGGCCGGGUUUACAAAUACGACUUUGAGUUCAGCACAGUCAGACAAGGAUUUGCCGCCAGUAAAGACACCACACGUCUCUUCAGAUAAACAUCAGCAAGUGUCUUCACAGAUGGACUCCUCCCCUCUGCCCCAGGCUAUCACAAACAUGGCGGCGCAUGGGCAGGUGGCUGAGGAACUCAGUCAGACUGACACAGCAGCCUUCGAAGGGCAGCAGCAGCACUGCAAGCUGUACAGGGAGGCUUCCACAAUGACCAUAUCCCCGUCGUCCACCCCAGUCAAGCAGCGUCGUGAUAUGGAGGUUCAGGCGGUGGCGCACACAUGCAGUAAGGCUGUGGCCACAAGUCCAAGUCUGCUGCCCUUCUCUGUGACCCGCAGGCCGAGCGGCGGUGCACUCCCCAGGGAGGAGGCGCAGAGCCUGGCUAUAGUGUACCAGGUCGACAGGGGUGUGGCACUACAUCAGAUGAGCAUGAGUACUCUAUCCGCAUCCACUGAUCCGAGGUCAGACAGACUCACAGUUGAGGCGGAGAUGUGCCCCAACCAUAAUGCCGGCUUGCUUUUCCACUCGGAAACUUUGUCCCAGCAGCAAGACAAAAGGCUAGGAGCCAAGCCUAAAGAGCCCGGGUCAGCUCUGUGCAACACCCAGCCAGUUUAUCAAAUCAACAUCGAACACAGCAACCACGCGGAGCAGGGAGGGACAGGUACCUCCCAGGAUAAAACAGGAGUCCAGACAUCUGCAGUGAAAACAACCACUGCUGAAACCACCUCUCUCAAAUCAGGAACACCCCCGGUGACAGCCGUUGCUACCAAGUCUGGAUCUGCUGACAGCAACAGCGCUGCGCUGUCUCAGGCUGCUGUUACAACCAAGCCCAACCAGGCCCCGCCAACAACAGCAGCAACAAGCACUACAUCAAAGUCAGGUCUCACUAAAAAUAAAGCUGGAAGUCCUGUAGGAAAGGUUGGAGGCAAAGCCCCGACGAAGGAGACGAAGUCCAGCAAACAGAAGAUAGAACCGGAGAGAAAGGAAGAGGAGGAUGACCAAUCAGGGAAGGAGACAGGAAAGAGCAUCCAUGAUGUCGUCUGGGAUGAACAAGGUAUGACUUGGGAGGUCUACGGCGCUUCUGUGGACCCAGAGUCCCUUGGUUUUGCCAUUCAGAGCCACUUGCAGUGCAAAAUUAAGGAGCAAGAGAGGAAACUGAUAGUCCGGACCUCCCUCCGAAAGUCAGUGUCCGGCGUCGACUCGCCGCAACACGGCAGGAAGAACAAAAGGAGGCAGCCGAACAUUUUCAGGUCAAUGCUGCAAAAUGUCAGACGGCCCAACUGCUGCGUGCGUCCCCCUCCCUCCUCCGUCCUCGAGUAG